GGUUCUGAUAAAGACCCGCCCACAAACUCUGAACACUUGUAUAGCCCUGAACACAUGCAGUCACUUCUCUCUGUCUGUAGACACACACACGCAUGUGUCCAGUCAUGUCCAGCGUGUCUUCAGCGACUCUGCUUUAUGGUUUCUGUGGCGCUCUGCUGGUGCUGAUGUUGGUGAAAUGCAUGCUGGGACAACGGAGAGGUGUCGUGUCGGUUCCAUGUCUGCCGUGUCUGCCGGUGGUGGGGAGUUUACUGCACCUGCGCUCUUCUCUGCCCCCUCACAUGCUCUUCACGCAGCUAGCGGGCCGGUACGGCUCUCUCUUCGGUCUGUACAUGGGUCCUCAUUACACGCUGGUGGUGAGCGAGGUGAGUCUGGUGAGAGAGGUUCUGCUGCAGCGCGGCCGGGAGUUCGCCGGGAGACCCAAGAUGGUGACGACAGAUCUGUUGACACAGGGUGGGAAAGACAUCGCGUUUGCAAACUACAGUCCACUGUGGAAGAAUCACCGGCGUCUGGUGCAGUCGUCAUUUACACUGUUUGGAGAGGGAUCCAGCAAACUACAGACCAUCGUUGCAGAUGCUGCAGACAGUCUGUGUGAGGAGCUCCAGGCCUGUAGGGGGCAGUGUUUAGACCUCAGUCCUGUUUUAAUGAGAGCCGUCACUAAUGUGGUGUGCAGACUGGUGUUUAAUUCCUCGUAUCAGCCCAAUGACCCUGAACUCCUCAAGGUCUUGGACUACAAUGAUGGCAUCGUCCAGACCAUAAUCCGAGGAGGACUCGUCGACAUCUUCCCCUGGCUGAAAAUUUUCCCCAACAAAGACCUGAGCAAGCUGAAGCAGUGUGUGUGUGUUAGAGACCGACUACUGCACAAGAAACUACUGGAGCACAAGGUGACCCUCACCCCUGGAGAGCCGCGUGAUCUACUGGACGCUCUUCUGAUUGGCCAGAUGAAGGGGUCAGGUGGAGACGAUGAAAUCACAGAUGAUCAUGUGCUCAUGACAGCAGCGGAGGCUUUUGGAGCGGGUGUGGAGACGACAUCCACAACACUGCUGUGGGCCAUCGCCUUCUUACUGCACUACCCACAGGUGCAGGAACGUGUUCAGGCUGAGCUGGAUGAGGUUCUAGGGAGGGACCGCCCACCUGCUCUGAGUGACAGGUCCAGUAUGCCCUUCCUUGAGAGCGUCAUUUGCGAGGUGAUGCGGAUUCGUCCCGUCAGCCCGAUCCUCAUCCCCCAUGUUGCUAUGCAGGACACCAGUUUGGGAGGUCAUUCAGUUCCUAAAGGCACCAGAGUUUUGGUGAACAUGUGGGCGAUCCACCACGACCCCAAACACUGGGAGGAGGCUGACACAUUCAGACCGGAGAGAUUUCUGGACAGCUCUGGGAAGAGAGUCACUCCGGCCAGUUUUCUGCCGUUCGGUGCCGGUCCUCGUGUGUGUGUGGGUGAGUCUCUGGCUAGAAUGGAGCUCUUUCUGUUUGUCAGUCGUCUCCUGCAGAAGUUUAACUUCAGCGUGCCGUCAGGACAUUCUCUUCCAGACCUGCAGGGACGUUACGGUGUAGUGCUGCAACCACAACACUACACUGUGAGAGUCACUCCGCGCUAUUGACAGACACACAACUACACAUCCACAACACCAUGCUUCUGAGAUCAUCUCCUGUCACUUCUGCAUUAGCUGCUAUUGAAAUGAAGAGAUGAGCUCGCUCCUGUGCACUCCACACUGACAUGUGAAGAAAACAGAUCAUCAAUGAGACUUAACAAGAGGAAAACAAGCUUGUUGUUUCAGAGGGUUCAACAGAAAGACCAGUUUUAUUGGAUUCUCUACACAAUUGAUCAAUUUAACGUUUCCUCUUUAAUAUCUUUAAAUAAACAGAGAGCAUUUACAUUCACACACACACAAAUUCCCUCUCUCACACACACAAAUAAAUACACACACAUUCUCUUACAUGCACAUACACACACACACACACUCUCUCUCACAUACACAACCACUCCCUCUGUCACACGUACGCACACACGCAUUCUCUUCCAUGCACACACACUCUCUUUCUCUCUCGCUCAUAUACACACGCACUCUUACAAACACACACACACUCUCUCUCUCUUACACACAUAAACACACACACAGUAUUACAAACACACAAACACUCUCUCUAUUACACACAUAAAUACACUCUUACAAACAGACACACAUAUUCACAAUGCAAACACAAAAACACACUCUUAGAUGAACACACACACACUCUCUCACACACAUUCUCUUCCAUGCACACACACUCUCUUUCUCUCUCGCUCACACACACAAACAAAGUGUUGGCUGGACAAACAGAGAUAACACACAGUUCAUUGUGUUGUUUCAGUAAAGCGUUUAGUGUCUUUAAAAGUUUGAAUUACAGCUUUCAUAGCGCCGCACAUCAACAUCAAACACACUCUAUUGCUCACACUAGAGUGGGUUGUCAUGGUAACAUUAUGGUAACGCAACAGUGAUGCUGGAAACACUGGCAAUACUCUAAGACAAAACCCCUCUGACAACAUGAAACAGCAGCACACCACAGACUCCUAACAGCAUGCGUACAAAAUAUAAAUCAUUUAUAUCGAGAGAGAGCGUAUAUUCAAUCUGAAGCUACUGGAUUUAUUCUUAUAUAGUGUCUAUUCAUAUAUCUAUAUAUAUAAUAUCUAUAUGUAUGUUAACAGCGGUCUGCUGUUCUCAGGCUGUCUGUGUGAAUGUCAUGAAUAUAUGUCCAGGUCACAUUUCACCCCCAAAACUAUAAGACACAGAAUAUAAAUGAUAAAUGAAAAGAUAAUUAGGGCUUUUUUUGCAUUGUGAUAUUUCUUUUCAGAGUAACAUGCAUUAUUCAUAUAUUUUUGCUUUAUUUAAUGUUUUCAAUUACCAUCAGCAUACGUUCCUAAGGACUGAGAACUCAUCUCAUCUUCAGACAACAUUUUUUAUUGAAAUGUCAUUCUGAAGAUUUUGGGGUUCAAUUAAACCUUGACUGCUUGUGUGAAAUGUAUCUGCGAAUGAAUUGUGUAAUGUUUAAUAAAACUAUAUAACCAAA